AUGGCCAACUCCAAAACAAUGCUCCUUGCAACCCAAAACCUCUUCUCUGUUUUCAUUUUAACCUUUCUUUUGUUGAUUACCAAUGUUAAAUCAGAGACAUUUUCUUUCACUUUUCCCGAGUUUGACAACGAUACCAAGAGCAUUGCCCUCGGCGGUGAUGCCAUAAUAAAUGGUGGAGUGCUACAACUAACUAAAAAGGACCAACUUGGAAAACCAAUUCCACAUAGUUUUGGCCUCUCCGCAUUCAAUAAUAUUAUUCAUCUCUACGCCAAAAAUGGUGAAGUUGCGGAUUUUACCACCGACUUUUUGUUUGUUGUGAAUCCAAAGGGUUCUCAACUUCACGGAGAUGGAUUCACCUUCUUUAUUUCAUCAUUGGGUUUUGAGUUUCCGGACAAUUCAUCUUCAGAGGGUGGAUUCCUUGGACUUUUCGAUAAAGAAACUGCCUUCAAUACCUCAAAAAACUCUAUUGUUGCAGUCGAGUUUGAUAGUUUUACAAAUGAAUGGGACCCUCUCUUCCCAGAGAACUCACCUCAUAUAGGAAUUGACAUCAACACGAUUGAAUCUUCGAUCACUGUUCCGUGGCCAAUUGAUCGCCAACCAGAAGGAUCGAUAGGGAAGGCACUCAUAAGUUACAAUUCGGCCUCAAAAGAAUUGAGUGUGCUUGUAACUUAUCCAAAUAGUCCCGUCAAAGUAGAAGUUGGUGUAUCUUAUCCGGUUGAUUUCGGGGCUGUUCUGUCUGAAUGGGUUCUUGUUGGUUUCUCAGGUUCCACAGGCCAACUUGCGGAAACACAUGACAUUCUUUCUUGGUCUUUUGCUUCGAACUUGUAG